AUGUUGGACGGCGCCCUCGAGAGGAGAGAAGUCUCCAAGCAGGGCAGGACCUUUGUCGUAGUCGGAAUCAUCGCCGUCGCCAUCUUCGCCAUCCUCAUAAUCACAUACUUCUCCACCCUUAAGUUCCGCGCCCCGUACCGCGCCGCAAAGAAAGCACAACAGUCGUCCGCCGACAAACUCCCCUCGUUAUUCUCGUGGAAAGCGUUCCGCAAGCGCCCGCGCCGAAAUGACUACUCCACCAGUCUGCAGGAUACGGAGUACCGGGGGAGCACAAGCAGGGCGAGUGGUGAGAUGAGCGGAGCAGCAACAGGAGAUCCGGAAAGGCAAAUAAACAGCACAACCGGUGCCGGCGUCGACAGAAACACCUCCGUCCGCAGCGUCAUGACCCUCCCCGCCUACUCGUCUGCCGCACGAGAGAACGAGCGCGUCCUCGCCCGCGAAGGCGAACGCGGCGGCGUAGACACAGUUCUCGAACUCCCCGAGACCGUCGACGAAGAAGAGCGCCAACGAGAAGAAGAAAUGGAAUCUCUAUACCAAAUCCGGCUCGCCCGCCGCAUCGAAGCCACCGACCGCGAAGCCCGGCGUCAAGCCCGACGCGAAGCCCGCGCACGAGGCGACGUCCAGGCCCUAGCUGAUAUACGGCGCCGCGCAGAAGAAGCAGCCGACCUCUCCGUCUCCCAGAUGCUCAUCGCAGAGCACCAAGCCCGGACCCGGUCGAGAGACAGACGCGUGAGUGCUGUUGCAUAUGGCGAUCUAGGCGUCGCGCGCCACGACGGCACACGCCUCCGAGCCAACUCCUCCGAAAGCGACAACAGACCCCUCCUCGACUCCGCCGCCUCCUUCUCCGGUCAAUCCCGCGGCCGUGACGCCCACGCCCGCGGCCUCUCCGUCACUUCUCUUACACAAUCCGUGGAAUCGCGCGGAUCCGACGAUUACGACUUUGCGGAUGCGUCGCGCUCGAAUUCACAUUCUACUGCUGGGCCUAGUCCUGGUCCCAGUCCAAAUACCGAGGGGUUUGAGGUUGUGAGUUUGAACCCGGAGAGGAGUUAUAGUGGGAGUGGGAGUGGAAGUGGAGUUGGCGGGAGUGGAGGUGGUGGGAUGGUACCAGGGGAAGACGCGCCUGCGUAUGAAGAUCCCCCGAAUUACGAAAGUCCGAUUAAUACGAGGGCGCCGCAGUUACCGGCGUUGAAUCUGAAUUUAGAGAGACUGCCUAGUAUACGCGUUACGACGGGUGAGACGCCUGUGGAGGGCAGGGUGGGGUCGCCGUUGAGGUAA